AUGCCAUCUCAACCCAAGAAGGAUGCCUCUUACUCGGUCGAUCGACUUUUGCCCUAUGUCUUCCUCUGUACUAUCGGACCAUCCGUGGUGGCUGCGUCAAACCUGUUCGUGGUCAAAUACGUGAUGUGUAGGUAUUACUGGACAUCAAGAGGGGCAGACGGCAUACCUGAUCCUGGAGACGAGAGAUGUGCCAAUAGGGAUGUACAAGCUUUGGCAGGCAGUGUCCUAGCUGCUUUAGCUACCUUGGAUGGGGUAUUCUCAUUCCUCUCGUCGCCCUAUGUACAGAGUCUUUCAGAUCGAUAUGGUCGUAGACCAUUGUUGGUCAUAGGUCCACUGAUAGCGACUAUAUCGACGGGGUCGAUACUUUUGGCUUACUACGUCAAUAACCCCACCAUUGCCUGGAUCCUGUUCAUAUUGACAGGUAUAUUCGUCUCAGCAUCUACCAAAGCUGUGUUCCUGCCUUCGUUGUGUGUAGCGGACGUAGCGACGGAUGAUGCGAGAACUCGAUUCUAUUCACGUAUGGAAGCAGUAGCUUUACUGGGUCCAGGAACAGCGUACAUAUUAUCAGCGCUAGUAUCGCGAUACGUAUCCAACAUCGCCGUGCCAUAUUUCAUAGCCCUAGGCGCCCAGAUAGGUGCAUCGUUAUGGUCAUUCUUCUUCAUCGCCGAGACCAGGAAAUUCCCAUCGAAUAACGAUAACUCAUCAGAAGAUGAGGAGGAAGGGAGAGGGAUAGUAGCGGAGAUAACGGAGAAUCUAGAGGCACCCGUUAAACCGUUAAAACUGAUCUGGCCACAUAGACAUAAGGGGAAAUUGCAUUGGGAAUUGUUCGUGGUGGCUUUGAGUCUGUUCAUGACUACAUCGGGAACCGUGUUUAUCGCCACUGCUUCGUUGCUGUUCUUGAGUGAUAAAUUCAAUUUCAACCCGGAAAAUAACGCAUGGAUGUUAGCAUUCCUUACUUUCUCUCGAUUUGCGUACCUCAUCAUCCUAUUCCCCUUCAUCCUCAAAUUCGGUAGAGCAGGGUACAAUAGAUAUCUAUUAUGGAAAGAAAAGAAGAAACAAGCAGAUGGGGAGAGACAACCUUUGGUCCGGAGAGAUACCUCUGCCAAGCAGGAAGAUGCGAAUUAUUUCGACGUCAUACUUGCCUUCUUCUCGGUUAUUGUCGAUGCCGUGGCGUUGGGAUUCGUUUCGUUGAGUUUGUCAUACCAACAAGUCCUUGCGGCUUUCGCAAUCAUGGCUUUCGGUGCGGGUGAUAAUCCAACUUUCAAAGCUGUCUUUGUGUCCUAUGCACCGCCCGAACAUUCAAGUGAAGCCCUCGCGGCAUUGGAUAUGGUAUUUAGCGCCGCCAAACUUGCCUCGCCACCACUUCUGGGCUCACUAUACGCGGCAUUUGCGGAAGUUGGCAAACCUCAAUUCUUGUUCUUGACUGCUGGCGGUUUAUGCGCUAUGGGAGCACUAUUGAUCUCCCCGCUGAUCUUUGCCAAGAGGAAGUUCAAACCUACGGAAUGA